CUGCUUCCCACCUGAGGGACUCACCUGAGCAUCUGCCGUGACGUGCCGUGCCUGUCGGCACAGGUAUCUCAGCAUCAGAGAGCAGCGGACCCGGAGAUGGCGGAGUCUCAGCUGGUGUGCAUGGACGACGAGCACGUCAACGAGAAGAUCCCGGAGACUAAACCGCAGUUUUACUACAGCGAGGAGCAGCGUGCGGCUCUGGAGCAGCUCCUGAAGAACGGCGACGGGGCCUUCAAGAUGCGCCUCAAAGAAGACAACGUCAAGGACUUCCUCUGCGCCAGGGAGAUCAAAUUCAUCCGGGAAACUUUUCAUGAGUACGAAACGGACAGUGACUCUGAGUCUGCAGAGCAUGAGAAGUCCAAGGCGUCCUCCAUUGCGGACUCCGGUGUCCACUCCACCUACUGGCCCGAGAUGUCGGACACCGAAGUCCCGUCUCUGGACAUCGGCUGGCCCGGCAGCAGCGGCGUCUACAAGGGGGUGACCCGGGUGUCCGUGUUCUCCCAUCCACCCAAAGAGUCCGGGCCGCAUAUCAAGGAGGUGGUGAGGAGGCUCAUACAGGAGGCACACAAGGUGGUGGCCGUAGUCAUGGACCUCCUGACAGACCUGCAGAUCCUCCAGGACCUGCUGGAUGCCUCAUCACGGCGUGGGGUGGCUGUCUACGCUCUGCUGGAGGCCAGGGGAGUGCCCCACUUCCUGGAUAUGUGCACUCGGCUGCAGGUUAAUGCAGUACAUCUGCGGAAUCUCCGUGUGCGGAUGGUGAGAGGUUCAGGGCUGGCCCUGUCAUUUGGAAAGCUUCCCGGGUCUCUGUGCUCUAAAUACAUGCUGGUGGAUGGAGAGAAAGUCAUGUUUGGGUCUUACAGCUUCACCUGGAGUUCCUCUCGGAUGGACAGGAACACGAUCACCGUGAUGUCGGGACAGAUCGUGGACUCCUUCGACAACGACUUCAGGGAGUUGUACGCCGUGUCUGAACAGGUGGACCUCUACAGGGAGUUCAACAUCACCAAGCCGCCUAUUGCAACGCCCAUCAGGAAACCAAAGGUGGAGAAAAUCCAGCCUCUGCCCGUCUCCAUGUCUCGCUUUCAAGUAUCUGUCGGGGACUCCAGACAGGUCGACCUAAAGGUGCCUGCACAUAAAUACCACAAUCCUAAGUACUCUUUAGUUUUUGGGAACAGUACGGGCCUCACAGGUUCCCUACAAGAUCUGUCGACCCCGAGCGACUCGCUCAUCGGCGGGCUGAACCUGAGGAACGGCCUGCAGAACCGCGUUCUCCAUGGCGGCAUAAACAGCAGUGACCACGUGGACCGAGUUCCCCCACAGAGUCCCGGUUCUCCGGCAGACGAGGAGGAUGAGGAUGGAAAGGAAGGCUUGAAGAAGAACCAGGUCUUUGGAGCAAAGAAACAACGGAGCUCCUUCAGGCACUUCCUGAAAGGCAGGGGAGCCAAUCAGAGCACAGAGACAAUAGAGGAAGGCGUGGUCACUCCUCAGGGCCCCUCCCCCACCUGUAAGGUGUCAGAGACCAAUGGUGUCGUGGGAAAUGAGCUAGAGGACUUUGAGAUCAUUGAGAAACCCGGUCCGCUGAAAUUCAAAACCAAGAAGCCCUCAAAGAUCCUUCAGAGAAGUAUGUCCCUGCAGACCAUCAACACCGGAGAUGAAGACGGAUCAAAAAGCCGCCGCCGGCAUCAAAAGAAGAACUGCAUCCAGUCCUGAGAUCAGAAACAAGAGGACAGUCUGUCAUUAGGGUUAUAAAGAGCAGCGGAGGAUCUUGUGGCUGAGUCACAGGAUAACCUCACUGUAACCGGAUGACAUUACUGUCUCUGGCCUUCAGGUUAAAGUCCUUAUGGGAGUGACCACCAAUGAGAUGUUGUAGUUUAACUAAGCAUGUGAGUAAAAAACUUCAAGUGCUGAUGGAGGGAGAUUUCAUCGCCAUUGUUUUAGUUUUUCUAUGGCCGUUUUUAAAUUAAAUUAUUCAACAGUGUUUUUAUAUUUUAUGCUUGAACGUAUACCCCAUCAGAGCAGCCCAGGCUGUGACCAAGGUAGUUUGGGGGCAUUACAUCACACCUUGUUGCUAUGGAGACUGGAGAAGUUGUGCUUGUUGUCCCUGAGUGUCGCCUUACAGACAGGACCCUUGGUAACAGAAUAAGUGUUCAUCGGAGAGUGUUGUACAUGCUGUGAAUAAUGUACACAGUGCUGAGGUGUGCGGUGUUGACACAGUCCAGCUUUGUUUCUGCACGCUGUGUGAGGACUCUGUAUGUUUACACUUUGGGUUUGUUCAGGUGAAACUGGCAAAGAUAAGAUUGGGAAUUCUUGAGAACCACUUUAGAGGCAAAUAAUCCUAAUUUUGUAGCAGAAAUUGAAUAAAAGAGAUGAAACCUCAGAUAAAAAACUGGUUUGUGUGAAAUGUCAAAUAAAAUUCCAA